GUUUUAUGGACAUCACCAUCUCUCUCUCUGCUGGGCAAGGACAUCACGUGAGCAUGUAUAUCAACUGGGUAAACAAAACAAAUCUGUAAGCUUGCUGUUGAUUGGCUGGUGACUCAACACCAAAUGCAAUUUAAGGCUUGAUCACCUGUAGUCUUUGCACCAGCUGGCAGGUUCAGGUGUUGGAAAACCAAAUUGCAUCUCCUGAGCGUAGACAUGGAGCUGAGAGGAAUAUUGUUCUGCCUUGCAGCUCUUGUCCUCUGUGGUCAAGCUUCUGUAGUUCCAGCCAUUGCACCAGAAACAGGGGUCUGCUGGGCCAUGGGGGACCCUCACUAUCGCACUUUUGAUGGCAGUUACUUCAGCUUUAUGGGUAACUGCUCUUAUAUCCUGGCCAAGAACUGCUUUGUCGACAAGACCCACCCCACCUUUGAAGUGUCUGUGAAAAAUGAGAAGAGUGGCAAAUCACUCCUCACUGCAGUUGGCGACGUCACCAUUAAAGUUUUUGACCAAGUGAUUCAAAUGGUCCGCAAUGAGAUCAGCAUGGUCCGGAUCAACUAUGAAGUAUGGAACCUUCCUGUCACCUUGAAAACACCCCAAGGAGAACUGAAGCUGGUGCAGAGUGGUCUGUCUGUGAUCUUCUGGACAGACUUUGGGCUGACCGUACAGUAUGACUGGGAGGAGUAUGUGAAGGUGACCCUGCCCAGCAGCUUCAUGAACAGCGUAUGUGGCAUGUGCGGUAACUUUGACGGCGACAAGAACAAUGACCUCGUCAAACAAGAUGGCACCAAGGCAGAAAGUGUUGAGGCAAUGGGAAGGAGCUGGAUGGUGCCAGACCAGAAAGGCGCGCAGUACUGCCAAAACCAGUGCAUCGGGGAGUGUGAAGGCUGUAGCUUCUUAAAGGACAUUGGAGCAAAUUUGUUCUGUGGUAUCAUGACCCCAAUUAUAAAUUUUCAGUUUAAGGCCUGCCAUGCUGUCAUUGAGCCUAAGGUUUUCUUUGACAUGUGCAAGUUUGACCACUGUCGAGGUGGUGACAUGAAGGACUACAUCUGUGACAUGUUGCAAGUCUACACAGAUGCCUGCCAAAGAGCUGGGGUCAACGUCCCUGACUGGAGACACAUUGCUCACUGUUCUCCUCCUGCAUGCCCAGAGCACAGCCACUUUGAAUACUGUGGAAAUGCCUGUCCAGCAACGUGUGAAGAUCCAUCUGCCCCGUCCUCAUGCAAAACCCCUUGUGUGCAAACAUGCACUUGUGACGAAGGCUAUCUCCGUAGUGGCAACAAAUGCGUACGCAAGGAGGAGUCCAGGAGAGGCCUUCUGGAGCGAUGA